ACUAUAUCAUGCUUGCGCUCGUUCUUCGAGACAGUUUCUAAAUCGUUCCCAGAGUAAGAGUAGCACUAGCACCGUUAUCUUCAACUCUCCUAAUCUGCCUUUCACUUCUCGUGUUGAGUCUCAUUGCGAAAAUGGCGAAUAAUGUGGAAGGGGACGAAGCUACUCCUCAUAGAAAUGAGUGGGAAGUGGUAACGCUUACGCAGUCGGUAUAUGCUGCUGCCCCUGGUCCAAAACAGGUCGGCCUCGUUGAUGAUAAUAGUGCAGAGUAUGUAGCUGAAACUUCUGAUCCAAUGUUUAUGUCGGGGCACUUUGUCGUUCCACCAAAUCAGCAUGAGGAUUCAGCAUUGCAACCUGAUAAUGAUGAGAUACCUAGUGAGCAGGGUGGAAAAGAUGCUUCUCCUGAACUUGUUACUGAUAAAGGGGUUAAUUCAGAUAUAGAUGGACAAAGUACAAAAACUAAAGUAUUUAGCACGACGGAAUUUUCUGGAGAUCAAAUAUUUGAUAAAAAGGGUAGCAUUUUGUCCGCAUGUGGUGCAGAAUUUGAAGAAGAUGCAGUCUUGCAGGGCUUCGGUUUGGUGGACAAAGAGCAGAAUUUCUUUGAUGCUACUACUUAUAGUUCUUUCCAUAGCGAAGAACCCAUGGGUGGGUCAGCAUCAACAGAGGAAAGCAAUAUUGUUGCAGAACCAGUUGAACCUGUUCACCAGGGUAUAGAUUCAGGCAUAUCAAAUUGUCCAAAGGCUAAAGAUGAAGAUAACUAUGAUGCAGAAAAUCUUCCUUGCCAAGCGUGGUGGAAAAGGCGGGCUGUUUCACUUAUUGCCCAUGCAAAAGAUGCAAAUGCAUUCUGGUCCAUUUUCGUUGCCGCAGCUGUUAUGGGCCUUGUGGUUAUUGGUCAGAGAUGGCAGCUAGAAAGGUGGCAGGUAUUGCAAAUGAAGUGGCAGUUUGGAGGCAAUGAUGAGAGAAUGGGCAAGACGAUUAUUAGUCCCAUAUCCCGACUGAAAGAUAUGAUGAUUGGGAGUGAUCGACGUGGUUCCUUUAUCCGCGGGAGUUCGUCAGCACAACGUUGAGAUGAUGAUGACGACGAAAAUGAGUUCUUCCCUGUGCAGUACAUGUGCUAGGUUUCCUUUUCAGUGUACCUAAUUUUUUUUUUUGUUGCUUUUGACUGAGCCUAAUGAGUUCAGUGUUGUUGGUGGUGGGGUUGUAAUGGUGGGAUCUAUGAGCAAUAACUAUAAUUUAUAACCAUUAGAAAGUGAGAUAGGGAACAUGAAGUGUUGGAUACUAAAGGGUAACUUUUUUUAUUGGCUGAAGGUGAUAUCCGGAUC